CACUUGAUUAUCGUCUUUCGCCACAAAACCAAUUUCCCGCUGCAAUUUGUGAUUCCAUCGCUGCGUAUCUAUAUCUUACAAACCCUGGUCCAAAUGCUGGAUUUGAACCGAUUAACCCUAAAAGAAUUGUAUUGGCUGGCGAGAGUGCGGGUGGCAAUUUGGUUUUUGCCACACUCUUAUGUUUAAGAGAUGCCGGAUUACCUUUACCAGCGGGCGCAAUCGCAUUGGUUGAAUUAACUCAAAGUAUGCCAUCCAAAUGGGAUUCCGAAUUAGAUAAAGUAGAUUAUAUACCUGCAGCACUAGACUAUUUUGCAAACCUUCCUUCAUCUCCUGUCAUGGAAGAAUUUCUUGUCAAUGCAAAAGCUCUAGCUGAUAAAAUGGUUCUAAAAAACCCUAAAAUUGUUAGUCAUCCUUCUUUUACUGAAAUACCUCGUUUUAAUCUUUAUUGUCCUAAUGAAGCGUUGGCAAUUCCUUAUGUUAGUCCUAUGCUUGCUGAGUCUUUAGGGAAUUUACCGCCUAUCCUAUGUCAAGUUGGAGGUGGUGAAAGAUUUCUUGAUGAAGCUAUUCUAAUUUCUCAUAAAGCAGCGAGUCCUCAUGAAUAUCUAUUGCCUUCAUAUGCAACUAAAAACUUUGAAAAAUCACAUUUUAAGAAACCUACUAAAGUUAUACUUGAAGUCUAUGAUGAUAUGCCUCAUGCUUGGCAUCUGUACACUUUUCCUAAGCCUACACAAGUAGCAAUUGAACGUUGUCAAGAUUUUAUAAAACGUGUUACUUCUACUGAUGACAAUAAUAUUUCCAUGAUCGAUCUUAUUAAAGAAGAUGUAGUAUCCCCUUCUAUCUCUGUUUCUCCCUCAUUUAUUGCAAUGAGAGUUGGUACAGAUGGUACGAUCAGAGAAUUGAAUGAAACUGAUCGAGAUUGUCUAAAAUGGGAUAAAAUUGGCAUAGUGCCUAAGCCUAAACAUUGA